AACUUUUAUUCAACAUCCUUUUGGAUCAUCUUUCUUUUGAAAAUAGUAAACAACCGAUGAUGAUGAUGAUGAAAUAGUCGGUGAUCGCUACUGUAAUUAACUCCAACAAGAUCGAACAACAAAAUUCCCCCAUACCCAUCUAUCUAUAUUCACCUUCAUCUUCUUCUGUUACACCGUAUCAAUCAAAACAUCAAAUCUUUCCCUUCAUUCACAAUCCACCCACCAACUCUAGCCCUAAACCUGUUCACCCAUCAAUUCCUUCCACCACACCCUUUUCACUCACCUAUCUUCCUUCCAAUCCAAACCCUUAUUCCCAAAUCCUCUGUUUCCCCCAACAAAACAUGUUCUUUGGGGCCGUCCAAUUAGGACUAAUGGCCGCCUGUGUUGUCCUCUUUGUUCCAAUGGGUAUGGCCGGUUGGCACCUCAGUCGCAACAAAGUCCUCUUCUUUAGCGGUGCACUAUUCAUCACUCUAGCUGUAUUCAUUCACCUCAUUCCAUACUUCCCAUCUUUCUUCCCACAAACCCCAUCUGUCAUGUUUCAAGAUCCUGCAACUUCCUCCUGCAUUUCUUCGCUCAACGACGUCGUUUUUCGUCCCAAUUCUGAUGGCUAUUUGUGGGAUUGGGAUAACACUAGUAAUUCAAGAUCUUAUGGCUGUGAGUUUCAGAAGCUGGGUCGGGUUGAUGUGAUGGAUCUGUUAAACGGGUCGUGGGUUGUGGUCGCUGGCGAUUCGCAGGCGCGGUUGUUUGUUGUGGGUUUGUUGGAUUUGGUUUUGGGGGCUGAUGAGAUGGAGUUGAUUCAUGGGGAUUUGUUUAAGAGGCAUAGUGAUUAUCAUAUAACUGUUGGCGAAAUCGGGUUGAAGUUGGAUUUUAUUUGGGCGCCUUAUGUUGCGAAUUUGAGUGAUGUUGUUGUUGAGUUUAAGAGGAAUGGGAGUUAUCCUGAUGUGUUGGUUAUGGGUUCAGGGUUGUGGCAUAUGUUGCAUUUUACGAAUUAUUCGGAUUAUGGUGUUUCGUUACGGUUGCUUAGGGAUUCGUUGAACCAGUUGGUUCCGGUGAGACGUAAGUUUGAGAUGGAGUCUGAUUCUGAUCCUGAUUCUACACGGGGGAUGCAUUUGUUUUGGCUUGGUAUGCCGACGUUGAUAAACGGGUUGUUGAAUACCGAGGAGAAACGGGCCAAGAUGACCCGUGAGAUGUGCGAUGCUUAUGAUCAUGAACUUUACAAAAGCAAGAUCUUGCGUCGUGAUGGUGGGUCUUUCUUGUUGCUAGAUGUUGGGACGUUGAGCGGUAAGUGUGGCGCUGAUUGUUCGUUAGAUGGGAUGCAUUAUAGUGAUGUGGUUUAUGAAGCUUCGGUUCAUGUUAUGUUGAAUGCGUUGCUUAUCGAGUCGCAUCAGAAGCUAUGAUGUCAAAUCAUGACUGAUUUUCUUGAUGCUUCUUGGGACCGACUUACAUCAAUUUCAGCAAGUUUUUCGGAUUGACUUGGCUGGUGUAUGCCUAAAAAUAGAAACCCGAUCGAGCCCCAUUCGUUUCAACUUUCAACACGUAUCAUUGUCGUCGUCGUUAAAAUGCAUAGAAUUCCCAUUUUUGUUUUUUGUCUUCCUUUUUGUUUUUGUAGCAAUUGACAUUUGACACUGUAGAUUUACACCAAUUUGUAUUCAGUAGAAAAUAUCUCUGGUUUUGCAACUAUAAUCCUAUGUUGUUUGAUUAGAUGGUUUACAUGCCAGAAAGCCCUGUUUUGUUUGUCC